AUGUCAAAAUUCUCUGGUGAAAAAUCGCUGGCGACAUUUGUCGCCGAAUUCACGCGAUUCCACAAAUCGCCCGACUUCAAAUCCGCGUGUCCGCCUCCGCUUCCGCCUAAGCGGAAAUGCUCGGAACAGUGCAGCGCACAGCGGAAAUCAUCGACAAAUUCGAAUGCGGAAGUUUUCCGCAAACAUUCGACGAUUAUUACGGUGGGAGCGGAAGUUUUGCAAACUUCUGAGAAGAGUCGAAGAUGA